AUGUGCGACGCUGCUGAGAGACAAAUCGAAGACUUUAAAGUUUAUUCAACAGAAGUACUGUUCAAUGAAGUAUUAAACGCAGCUUUGAAACACACAGAAGGCGAAGAUCCUAUUCCGAUCGCCGUCGCCACACUAGAGUUCGAAAAAGACAUCUUCGCUUAUACGUCCGGCUCAGAAUGUGAUUUUCAUAAAUUCCUAGAUAACACCGCUCAAUAUUGCAGUAAAUCAAUAGUCACGCGAUGGGGAUACACCAUGUGCAACUAUUGUUGCAAGCAUUUGAAUAUCGAGAUGAUUGAAGGUGUCAAUUACCCGGCAUCUCAAGAAAAGGAUGAGGCCACCGGUACGAAUGUCGACGAAUUGGCUGCCCGCAUGGAAUGGUUGACCGCCGGUGAGAAGAAGAAGAAAGACAUGAAUGGUGUAUGUAAUAGCCACCAGCUGAAAGUGUCGGCGGGUUCGCACUCGCAAGAGCAACGCGGACGCGUAAAAUCUGAGUCAUUGGAAAUAAAUGACCAUGGCAAAGUUGGUGCAGGUUCUUCGUCGGAGACGAAUACUGAUCGUUUGCCGCAGCGGCCGUUGCGGAUGCCUAAAGUUAUGCCAAUUUCUCUUCAGGUGUCCAAUAAUACUGAUGACUCCUCGUACGAGGACAGUUUUCCACCAAUUGGCAGAGGAUGUAGAAACAAGAUGACGACGAAGGGAAUUUAA